CGGCGCGUGAGUGCUUCCAAUCUCCUGAAUGGAACUGGGACUUGUCACAUUCCUAAUGAGGCAAAACUUGGAAAUUCCAAGAAGUGUCUCUGGUUGACAAUCGGAGCAUCUUGGUUCGGUUGGAGACGGUAAAAGUUCUUCAGACUUUUCGAAUUUUAUUGCCACAGCAGUUACUGCUGCGUCGAUUUUGCUCGUAUGAGUUGUUUCCAGCGGGAUGAUGUCUAUCGCCAUGGUUGAGACCGAUGAAAUUGCCAUUGCCACAAACAAGUGCAGUGCCACUGGCAGUUCUCGUACGAUGUACCUAGCCAGCUUUAAUUCCAACGCAAGUUUCUCGGUGCGCGAAGCGAUUUGUUCAACACAGUUUCCCCAUAUCUUGACCCACCAAAGCUUGGAUCACCGGGACGUUGAAGUGAUCUCCAACUUUCUCCACGAUCGCCGCACUCCAGACGUUCGCCCGAAGCUCUACAAGUUGCCUAUCUUGUUUGACAGGCCGGUAUCGUCCCCCGCCACGGCCUCGGUAGUAUUGCGGUGGCUAAAACUAUGGUUACACCUCGUAUUCCGCCGAACUGAUAGAGUUUGUGGGGGCCUGGACUCCGGGACGCGUCUGCAUGGAACAGUUCGGAAUUUGGAAGGAUUGCCUUCAGAAUGCGACAUUUCCGUUCUACCAUGUCAAACGAUCAUCGCUCAAAGAUUUCCUCGGAUGCGUUACGUCCAAUUUUCGUAAGGUAGAUGUGAUGUGGCCGCCGGUCAAUAUGCUUUAGUUCGAGGAGACCACCAUGUGACUACCUUGACAUGGACGUUCAGCAGACUAGGCGCCUGUCCCUGUCGCGAUAGUUCGGUGGAGCAAAUUUGUGGGCAUUGAGCUUGAGCAUUAAGCUUGGUAUGAUUCUAAAGAAAAUUUCCCCAUGCUCCCAUUGAGGAGA